UCCAGUGAAGAUUUGAGCUGGAAACAUCAUGGAUGAGAAGGAAAUUAUGACAGACAUAACCCAAGGAAGAACGUCAGUGAUCUCAAAAUACCACAGAAAUAUUGACAAGAGCGGCACCAAAGAUUCAUCAGACUGUUCUCCCGCUGAGCGCCUCAUCCAAGCCCCGCUGAGCCCCGAGCGUUCAGACGCCGUCUACUCUCACACGUCCUCGCGGGACUCCGGCUGGCACAUCUGGUCGGGCUGGUGGUCAGAAGAGGUCAAAGGUCACACCGAGUCUGGACAUCUCCCGGCUCCCUCAGAAUCCAGCGGGAGGGACAGUGAUCGACAGGAGCACGAGGACGAGACUCAGGAGAACGUCCUAAAUGAAGAGACGCAGAACAUGGAGAAAGAUGAAGACAAACGAGAGCCGAUCAAAGAGCUCAAGCUCUAUAAGAUAGCGAGUGAGCUCCUGCAAACCGAGAGGGCGUACGUGACCCGGCUGCAUCUGCUGGACCAGGUGUUCUGCGCUGGACUCACAGAGGAGGCUGGGAAGGGGACGUUUCCUGUGGAGGUGGUGAAGUCCAUCUUCUCCAAUGUGGGAUCCAUUCACACCUUCCACAGCCAGUUCCUCCUGCCGGAUCUGGAGAAGCGCAUGAGCCAGUGGGACUCCACGCCCCGCAUCGGGGACAUCUUAGCACAGCUCGCACCCUUUCUCAGGAUGUAUGCAGAGUACGUGAAAAACUUCGACAGCGCCAUGGACCUGCUCAAACAGUGGAUGGAGCGAUCGGCACAGUUUAAUGCCAUCAUUCAGGACAUACAGAGUCAGGAGGCGUGUGGGAACCUGACUCUGCAGCAUCACAUGCUGGAGCCGGUGCAGCGCGUUCCUCGCUACGAGAUGCUGCUCAAAGACUAUCUGAAGAAACUCCCGGAGGACGACCCCGACCGCAGCCAGGCCGAGAAGUCUCUGAACAUCAUCUCAAUGGCUGCCACACACUCCAACACGGCCAUCCGCAAGAUGGAGAACCUGAAGAAGCUCAUGGAGAUCUAUGAGAUGCUGGGAGGUGAGGAGGACAUCGUUAACCCAUCCAACGAGCUCAUUAAAGAAGGACAAAUCCUAAAGCUGGCCGCAAGGAACACCUCGUCCAUGGAGAGAUACCUUUUCCUGUUUAACAACAUGUUGCUGUACUGCGUGCCCAAGUUCAGUCUGGUGGGCCAGCGGUUCACCGUGCGCACGCGGGUGGGCAUCAAGGACAUGAAGGUGCUCGAGACCUCCAAUGACGACUAUCCUCACACGUUCCAGGUGUCGGGGAAAGAGCGAACGCUGGAGCUGCAGGCCAGCUCGGAGCAAGACAAAGAGGACUGGAUCAAGGCAUUCCAGAAGACCAUUGAAAUCUUUCAGCAGAAGAAUGAAUCGUUCAAAUCAGCCUCGAAAGAAGUGGUGGAUGAGGUUUCUAAAGAGGAGCUGGGGAAGAGAGCACCGCGCUGGAUUCGGGACAAUGAGGUGACCAUGUGCAUGAAAUGCAAGGAGCCUUUCAACCCUCUGACCCGCAGGAGACACCACUGCAGGGCAUGUGGAUACGUUGUGUGUUAUAAAUGUUCGGACUACAAGGCUUCGCUCAGGUACGACGGCAACAAAUUAAACAAGGUGUGUAAGGACUGUUUCUUCAUUCUGACCGGACGAGUGGAUACCGAGGAACCAGUUAGCGGGAAGAAAAGAGGAAUUCUUGAGAUCGAAGCAGCUCAGGUCUCAGGAAACAGUUUCCUGUGUGGCUUCCUGCAGUACAGUACAGACCGAACUAAACCGUGUCAGAGGCUCUGGUGUGUUGUUCCACAGCAUGAUGCACUGGUUCUUUACCUGUAUGGAGCUCCACAGGAUGUCAAAGCCCAGUGUACCAUCCCGCUCCUGGGGUACCAGGUUGAGGACGUCCAAAGGUCUGUGGAUCAUCCUCCCACCAGCUUCCGUCUACGCCAAUCCAAAUCUGUCCACUACUUCACUGCAGACACGGAGGAAGUGAAACUGCGCUGGCUGGGAGUGAUAUCCAAAGCCGUGAUCGGGGAAAUGCCAGAAUGCCAGACGCCAGACGAUGGUGACUUUGCCAACGUUUGCCAUGAAGACAUGCCUGAUGGUACCUGAAACAGACUCAGCGUAGAAACACUUACGUAACAGAUUGGGAUGUUUUUGGGAGUGUAUAAAUCGUUUUUUUUCCCAUGCAACCUAUGCGCAGUCAGUUGAUUGAUAUUUAAUGUAUAUGAUGUCAACCUCAAUCAGACUCUUAAAAACAUUCAGUGUGAUUAUUUAAAUGAUUAUAUUCUCAAAAGAUUGUUCGCAGACCAAUUCCCGCAAGGCAAGUCCAAAUUGUGCUUUGUGAUUUAUUGGACUUUCUCUUUAUGAUGUAUUAUGUAUAUUUUAAAUUUGCAUUGUUUAUAUGCUGCUUGUCAUUGUCCCUAAGAUUUAUGCACUUUAUUGCUUCUUGUAAACCAGGAUGUUGACAUUAAAAUUAAUUAUUAAAAGUUAA